AUGGGAGGCCGAAUGGGCGUGGCCAGACGUGGCAGUGACGUCACAUCGAACGUUUCCACGUCAGUGCGUGGUGGCGGGAAAACCGAAACACCGUGUUUGCAAAGUUUUUCGGUUAUUCGAAGUAUCGGAAGGGGAGCUUUUGGAAAAGUUUGUAUUGUUCAGGAAAGAAAAACUAAAAAAUAUUUUGCGUUGAAAUAUAUGAAUAAGAGAAGAUGUAUAGAAAAGGUAGGUCUCACCAGAUAUACUGUAGAAAAAAAGUUUUUUUUUUUUUCAGUGUGUCGCUUCAAAUGUAAUUCGCGAACUAACCCUUCUCUCAACAAUCUCACACCCUUUCAUCGUCAAUUUAUGGUACACCUUUCAAGAUCCCGAUUAUAUGUACAUGGUGUCUGAUUUGCUGCUCGGCGGUGAUCUUCGCUAUCACUUACAUCAAUCAGGAAAAUUUGCCGAGGAUCGAGCAAAAUUGUAUUUGUGUGAGAUAGGUUUGGCAGUGGAAUAUUUGCAUGAGAUGAAAAUUGUGCAUCGAGAUAUUAAGCCUGAGAAUAUUCUGUUGGAUGAACAAGGACAUGCGCAUUUGACGGAUUUGAAUUUGGCGACACAAUUGGAGACUGAUGAAUUAGCUACUAGUUAUUCGGGUGAGAAAGGGGGAGGUUUGGAGAGGGAUACAAUGGAAGAGAAUUCCAAAAAUGAGAACUUAGGCCACAUGAAAACAUAGAGCUUGUAUAAAUUCUGAUAAUUUUCUAUAUGAGAGUCACCCCGCGAAAAAAUAAUAUUGAAUUUUCAAAAAAAAAUCUCAAAUCUCCCCCUAUACCCGCGACGCAUGUGCGUUGCGGUCGCUUUUCAAUACAAAAACCCCUCUCGCUGUCUGCGUCUCUUCGAGCAAAUUAAAAUUCAUUUUUUCGCCUGGUGACCCUUCAUUCCAAACGGACAGACUGAAGACAGAAGUUCAAAAAAUGUUGAAUCCACACCUGACGAGACCUGUCCAAAAUGGACACUGUACAAAAAUUUUCAAAGUCACAAUGUACAUUUUUUCACGAAAAAGUGUAAUUUUCAUUGCUUUGCGGUGGAUUUUGAUGAAAAUUUUCAAAAAAUUCGAAAUUUCACCCUGAACAUUUUUUUCGCCAAAAUUUUUCACGCUGCACAAAAAUAUUGGGACACUCUCUCGCCAGGUGUGGUUGAAUCACUUGAAAAAUACAUCUCAUAAAGUUCCGUGAACCUUUUGCUGCUAUAUUCCAGGUACUCGCCCCUACAUGGCUCCAGAAAUCUACGCAACCUACCUCGGUUUAGCCGACGGCUAUGACAAACGUGUCGAUUGGUGGGCUCUUGGUGUAUGCUACUAUGAAAUGCUGCGCGGGCGAACACCUUUCGAAUUCUCCGCUCGAACAAAACCCGAAGAAGCCUAUGUGACAUUUCGAGAUGCUUCAAUUCCAUUUCCAGCCAGUUGGCCGUCAGAUCUCAUUCAUUUCUUGAAUUCAUUCCUCAGAUUUGAACAGGAUAAGCGGAUCGGAAGUUUGCAAGCAAUCAAACAACAUCCAUAUACAGAAAGAAUUGAUUUUGAUAGUGUAUAUUUACGGUGAGCCUUUUUCUAAAAAGAUUUGGAAAAUAUUUUUUUAAUGGUUUCAAUUCUAUAGAAAACCAGCACCAGUAUUCAUUCCAUGUAAAGAAGGUUUGAACUGUGAUCCAAUGUACGAGUUAGAGGAGCGAAUUCUCGUUUCGACACCAAUUCAUCGAAGACGGGCCAAUUAUACGUCGGCAAGAAGUUCGAGUGAACCGCAAAAUGCGGCGCUGAAUGAGGUGUCGAAGGUUGGUCCUAACUAAAUUGUGCUAGUCUGAGUUUAGGAGCUGUGUGCGGGACAGUUGCAGUUGAGCCACGCCCACUUCCGGGUAGAGACAGAGACAGCGCGGUGAUUUUAAAAAUGAUUUUUUUGAUUUUUGAAAAAAACUUCUGGGGAACUUUGGGAAAUAGAAUUUCACUUGACAGCUAGGGUUUCUAGACUCGGCUACUUGACAUAGACGCUUUCAAGGGGCGCCUCCUUGUCAGUGUGGAUAUCUCGAUACGGGCCCUAGAGAAUUAGCUUCUCUAGGCUCAGCUACUUGAGAACUAGGGUUUCUAGACUCGGCUGCUUGGCAAAAAAGUUUUCAAGGGCUGACUCCUUGUCAGGGUGUAUCUCUAGAUACGGACCCUAGACAAUCAGGUUCUAAAGGAAGGCUUGAGAAGUAGUGUUUCUAGGACUUGUCAGGGUGGAUCUCUAUAUGCAGGCCUUAGACAAUAAUCUUCUCUAGGCGCGCCUCCUUGUCAGGGUGAAUCUCUAGAAACGGGCCCUACACAAUCAGGUUCUCUAGGCGCGGCUGCUUGACAAAUGUUCAACCCUCUUCAAUAAAUUUCCUAUUCAGGCUUUUAUCGAUUUUUCGCGCCACAAUAUGCCAAAUGAAUCACCAUUACUAAUACAACCAACAACUACAAAAAACGGAGUCGCAAAAAAAUAA